UGGGCGUCAAACUGUUUUCGGCCGCCAUUUCGAUUUAAAUUUACCUGCGGCGUCACUUAAUUUUGACGAAAUAAUAAACACAUUCCCCGCCCAGCGCGUUCAACUUCGAGUUCUCGUGAAACUCCAGUCGGCUAUUGGCCAGCAGUCAUGCUCUUUAAAUAGAACGCCAACGUAUUCCUGGCCGCAAAUAUCAAACAACAAACAUCCCGACAUCCGAAUUAAAACAAAUCCAAUAUGGAGACCCAGAACAACUUUGCAUCGUUCAAGGCGGAGAUCCUGGAGAUGACAGCCCAGAAUGUGGACAUGCUCCACGCCAUGUGGCUGCGCAUCUUCGACACCAAGACCUGCGGCAAGUUCCUCCACAGGCUGAAGGACCAUGCGCAGACCUUCUACACGGAUCUCCUGAACGAGUCAUGCGAGAAGCAGCAGACGAUCCUUGACGAGAUCGCUGCCCUGCAGGCCGAGGCCAGGGACCUCACGCGACUGCUUCACGAGUCGGUGGACAUCGGCGAGCGCCCAGAUGACGUUCCACUGGUCAUCUGGCAGCUAAAGCUGUACAAGGGCAUCGAGCACCUGCGCGAGGAGCUGGCCAGGCGCCAGGCUGAGAUCUGCGAACUCCUGCUCCAGCAGGAACAGCUAUGCGAGGAACUGGGCGAACUGCCGUUGCCACUGCUGGCCGAUCCUUUGCCUCAGCCGGAGGAGAUGGAUGCGUUCCGAGAUCAUCUCGAGCAGCUGCGGGCCCACCGAGUGCUGCGCCUGAAGGAGAUGGACCAGCUGCGCCAGAGCAUCAAGCACAACAUGAAGCUGCUGGAGUGCCUGCCGCAGACGGACCAGGAGGAACGCCUGCUCAACCAGGUGGAUCACUGCCUCACGCCCGAGACCUUUGAGCGCCUGCGGAAGAUGCAGAAGGAGCUCGCCGACCAGAUGCAGGAGAUGCGAGAGCGCAUCGACGACAUGCGCGAAAAGAUUCGCGUUCUGUGGGAGCGUCUGCAGGAGACGGACGACUACGCCAUGCGAAGGGUGCGCAACGCCACCGAGUACACACAGUACACGUACGACGUUCUCCGGGAGGAGCUGCAGCGCUGCCAGGCCCUCCGGAAGCAGAACCUUGAGAGCUUCAUUGAACAGCUUCGCGUGGAGAUCCAAGAGUGGUGGGAUCGCACCCUGAAGAGCCCCCAGGAGCGCAAGCGUUUCACCAGCCACCUAAACGGUUUUGAGAGGGAAGAUGUCUUGGAGCUAUACGAGAUGGAGUUGGACGGCCUCAAGACCUUCUACAGCAGCAACAAGAAGAUUUUCGAGCUCUACGCCACCCGGACAGAGCUGUGGUCCCGCAUGGAGGCCCUGGAGGCCAAGGUCAAUGAUCCCAAACGCUUCAAUAAUCGCGGUGGCCAGCUGCUCAAGGAGGAGAAGGAACGCAAGGCCAACUCGGUCAAGCUGCCCAAGAUCGAGGAGCAAAUCACGGAGCUGGUGAACGCCUUUGUGGGCCAGGCGAACACGGCCUUCCUGGUGUUCGGAAAGGACAUCCUCAAGAGCAUGGCCCUGGACUGGGAGCAGUUUCGACAGGCCAAGCAGCAGCCCGCCGCCGCUCGCAAGAACCAAGAGCUCUCCGGAGCGGUCAGCAAGAAGAUGCCACCGCCACAUCUCACGCCGAAGGGUAAAGCUGGCAAAUACCAAUCCACGUCGUCGCUGAAGAAGAGUCCAUCGAAGGUCGACUCGAGCAUGGCUGUCAAGUCCACGGGCAAUCUGAAAAAGAGGCGACAUUCCAAUCUGGGCAAUGCCAGCUCACCGACGGCCACUGCCGCCAAGCGGAAUCUAAUAUCUUCGCUGGACUGCAAUAAUUCAGCCACCGUCCUGGCGGAGAACUCCCAACGGAAGCCGAUCAAUCCGCCGAAAAAGGUUUUAGUGCUGGAACACUCGCUGCGUCGGGGGAAGCGAACCAACAGGCUCUCCGCCGUGAACCCCAGUCGGAGUCGUGCCAUACCGGAUAUCCUGGUGGAGCCGCCCUCCAGCGAAGACUGUGGCAGUCUCUAGAGGUCUCCAAAUCAAAUUCUAAUCGAGUCAGCUACUGAUCUGUGUUUAUUUCUACCUGAACUCUACCUGUAUUGUAUAAGUAUUGAUUGUAUUGUAAUUGUGAAGCCCUGAAACGUCCUGAUUUAGAUGGUUAGUUUCAGACAGUUGAUAUCUUCCAAAUGUGAAAUUGUCGAGCGGUUUUAUUAAUAAUUUUAUAUGAUUUAUAGAGAGAUAUUUUUUAAUAAAUGAGUAAUUUUAGGUA